GGGCGGAGUCUGUCAGCAGUAAUGUCUGCCACCUGCUCAGACUGUAGAUCUGAGGAUUCCAGAAGCACAGGAGGAGGAGGAGUCUCAGGGUGACACACUUUCAAUCGUUUCUUUUGCAUCUGACAGUGUGUCUGUUAAACAGAGUGAUCAGAGAGUGUGAAAUUAAAAGGUAUUUAGGAUAAAAGAAAUAAAAAUGGUGACAACAACUGAGAUAACCUCUUUCCCAGCGGACUGCAAAACAAAUGAGCUGUACAUGUAGUGAAAGACAAGAGUUCAGCUUCCUGCUGUUUCCUCCUGCUGCCACGUGGAGGCGCUGCUGCUUCGCGUUUCCUGCGCUUCUUCAUCUGAACAAAAGAACAUUAAAAGCGUGUAAUUCAGUGAAUGAUGAGCUGAUGAUCAACAGACAGUAGUUCAUAAAGUCUGCUUCACGUCUUAAUGAUCAUGUUUAUUAUGGUUCACUCAGUUGAAGCUGAUUGCAUCAAACUUCACGCUGCCUCUCAGACUCGCAGACAAUGAGACGUUUUCAGAUUUCCUGGGAUGAUAAACAUCCACAAACAGUCAGAGGACAUUUAUAACACUGGUUCCUAAAGAACCCAGUGGACGCUCCGGUUCUGCUAUGAACAGUCAGUAUGAAUGUAAUGUAUAAAUCUGUUCAUCAGUCAGUGGAUCAUUGUUUAUCUAAACUUCUGCUUCCUCAGAACAGCAUUAACAUAUUAUUAUCAAAUUUUAUUUUUACCAUGUGACUAAAAAUAUACCUCAUUAGCAUAUUGUAGCUCUGAGCUACAGCACAGGCCUGAUAUCAUCUCCCAGUCUGUCAGGAAGGAAACCACCAGUAAAUAUUUAAUCAACGAUUUGAUUCGCAUUUCAAAUAUUCAUGAAAUCUAAUCAACUUAAUCACAGUGUGAUCGUUAGUCACAGCGUAAUGAAACACUUUCACUGGAGCGUGACCACGGAGCCUUUACAGAAAACACAAUGCAGCACACACAUGGCGCCAAGGUGGAGUAAACGCAUUUACUCCCCUUUAAAGACCCUCAGUGAAUAGAAACACACAGGAAACACGAAAAAGAAGAAGUAGAGAAGAAGAAAAGAAAGAAAAACGAAAAAGAAGAUGAUGAUGAUGAUGAUGAUGGCUGAGAAUCAGCUGCACUUAAACCAGACAGUCAAGUACAGAACACUCAAUGCAGACUUCACACUGUUGUGUUCAGGAACAGGGGCUUCGUUCGCUCAGAGCUUCCAUUAAAGCAGAUGUGGGACAGAUGUGGCGCCCCUCACAGAGUUGAUGGGUCCAGACAUUUACACAUCAGGAUCUGGCAACCGUCAGCACUCAAAUGUAAAGCCAUGAGCCUCACAAUGAGCAGUAGCCACUCUAUUAUUAUUAUGGCCUGCUUCUGUCCCCCACACAUGUUCAUGUCUGUAGCCAGUAAAGGCCAGUGUGUGUUAAACUCUCCUUCACGUCAUGAACUGCUUGAAUCUUCAGCUUGGAUCCCACACAGGUUAAUGUGUGGCCCGAGGAGCCGGGCUCAUGGUGGCGCCACUCCACCGGUGCCGCCCGUGGGCUCGCAGCCAUCAGAGCAGUAAUAGCUCUCCUCUGCCCGGCGCCCGCCUCACACAGAACCAGUGCCCACAAACAGUUAUGAUUUUUAGCCCACUAUUGCACCAAUAAAAACUGCAAUAAAAGUGUUUUGUAAACAUCUUAUGGUCAAAUGUUCAGGCCUCUUAGACGUUAUGGACGAAAACAGUAAAAUCUCAUCAAAGCUGCUUUAACUGAGUGUUUGACCAUUCGAGGGCAAAACUAAAGCAGAGGAAGGACUUCUGGAGCCACAGACUGAGACGAGGCCGGUUUUUGAGUGACUGCACAAACACACGAAAGACAAAUGAUACCGAUCAGCAGUUUGACAAAGGGAUUAACUCAUUACCUGCAAACAAAGAGGGGAAGAUUAUGCAAAGAGGGAAAGAGCUCAAAUAACAUUAAAGCAGUGACGACGACAACCAUCAUGACAACACGAUUCACAAGUAAAAGUCUAGAACGCAAACGCAGAUGGUGUUUGUGUGUCUGUCUGUGAAGCAGAAAACCUGGAUCGUGGAGGAACCGCUCUGGACUCGGUGAGACGUUACCAGCUGAUGCCACCUGACGCGCAGCCUGAAGCUCGUCCUCCCCCGUGAUGUCACCGCUCAGCGGGGGGCGGAGGGGGGGGGGGGUCCGUCUGUGAGAGCCGGCGCCGCAGAGCAGAGCUGCUGUCGGUGCCAGAGAGAGAAGCCGAAGCAUGGAGAGGUCGGCUCAGCGGGAGGCCAAGGGGACGUGGAGGAGGAGGAAGAGGAGGAGGAGGAGCAGCAGAGGUACCAGCAGUUUGGAGGUGAAGGAGAAUCAGGGCGAGAGGAUCCCGUCGGGCCGCGACCCGCUGCAGAAACGACACCCUCCAUCCUUGUUCCCCCGAAACGGGCCGAGACCCAAGGAGCCGCCGGUGGGCCCGGCCGAGCAGCGCCGCUGCCGGCGCCGAGCAGCCUGGAGCCAGAAAAACGCGCUGGUGCAGCUCCACGAGCUGCUUCCCGGGCUGCGCUUCGACUCUGCGGCGGCGCCGGAACCGCUGCACGGGUCGGCGUUCUCCGUGUCCGUGGAGGUCAACGGGCGGCGCUUCGAGGCCCGGGGGCCCACAAAGAAGCGGGCCAAGCUGAGGGCUGCCGAGCUGGUUCUCCGCUCGCUCCAGGUCCCUGGGGUCUCCCAGGCCUCCAGGACUCUGGACGGAACCCACCCCCCAGAACCCGCCCUGCGCUGCGGCACCGCUGAACAGCGCCACUGGUACCAGCGCAGGCAGCUCGUCCGACUCGCCCUGGACUGGGUCUCCCCGGGUCCAAACGCAGCCUCACUCGUGGAGCAGCUCGGUCCAGUGGCGCUGCUUGACCAGCUGUGCCCAGGGCUGCGGUACCUGUGCCUGAGCGAGCGGGUUCCUGGCCGGCCCGUCAGGAGGUUCGUCAUGGUGGUCCGGGUGGACGGACGCGUGUUCGAGGGCUGCGCCCACAGUAAAAGACGGGCCAAAGCGCUGGCGGCGGCGGCGGCUCUGAGGGCUCUGCACGGCCGCAGUCUGGGUCCGGAGAACGGGCUGCUCCAGGACGGCAGAAGCGGACAUCAGCUGCCUCAGGUUUUCUCUGAGGCCAUUUUCCACCUGGUGAGAGACAAAUACUCAGACCUGACACACGGCGGCUUUUCCCACAAGGUUCUGGCAGGGAUCGUUCUGACCCAAGGACUGGACCUCGCAUCGGCCCGGGUCGUGUCUCUGGCCACCGGCACCAAGUGUCUGGACCCGGACAGCGCGGGCGAGCGCGGGUCGACUCUGAGCGACUGCCACGCUGAGGUGAUCUGCAGGAGGGCUCUGCUGCGGUUCCUGUACGCUCAGCUGGAACUGCUGCUCUGUCCAUCUGCUGACUCUGAGGAGGGUUCUGUCUUCGCCCCAGAUGAAGCUUCUGGACGCUUCCGCCUGCGGAGCCACGUGCGCUUCCACAUGUUUGUCAGCUCGUCGCCGUGUGGAGACGCCCGGCUCAGCUGUCCCUACGAGACCUCGGCCCGGCCCAAAACUCCUCAGUGUCCCAGCAGGUUCCGCUGGCACCUCAGAGUCAAGGCCAGCGGCGGCGAGGGCACGCGCCGGGCGCCGGGCCGGGACGGCCCGUCCAGCAUGUCCUGCACCGACAAGAUGGCAAAGUGGAGCGUGGUCGGCCUGCAGGGGGCGCUGCUGUCUCGCCUGGUGGAACCCGUUUACCUGCACAGCCUCACGGUGGCCACUCUGAGCCACACGGGUCACCUGGGCCGGGCCAUGGCCCGUCGUCUGGCACCGGUCAGGCACCUGCCCUUCCCGUACCGACGCCAGCAGCUGAUGCUCGGCAGUCUGAGCAGCACCGAGGCCCGGCCCACAGGGAAGGCCCCAAACGUCAGCGUGAACUGGACCCUAGGUGAUGCAGGACUGGAGGAGAUCAGCACCUUGACCGGAAGGAGGACCGGGUCAGGAGGACCGUCCCGGCUCUGCAGGCGCUCCCUGAUGGCCCGCUGGCAGAGGCUCCAGCAGCAGCUCAGCGUUCCAGCCGCAGAAGCUCCAGCUGUGACGUACGCUGCGUCCAAGGCGGCUGCUGGACGGUACCAGACGGCGGUGCAGCGGUUCGGUUCUGGGCUGCAGAGUGCAGGUCUGGGAACGUGGCUCAGGAAAGCUCCAGAACCGACUUACCUUAGUGUCGCUGGGCAGUAGUGUGUCCAGCUGGUCUCCCACACCUCAGGAGCUCGGUUCCGCCCACCUCUGUUCAAAGCUUUUCCUGUUUUACUUAAUAAACGUAGAGAACAUGGCCCUCUUCCUCAGACUCGGGUUGUUAGAAUAAACCAAACCCGUGACGUACCUUUAAACCUAUCGUGAGAGUCUCUGACCCGACAACCAGCUGCUGGUUCUGGUGUCUCGUUCUGGUCCAUGCAGUAAAACAUGAAGAUGUGGCGCCACCUACAGGUAAACAGAGCCUGGAGACGCCAGGGACCUUUACUGUCACCGCCCUUUGACUCUGUCACUACGUAGGCAAGACUAUUUUUCCACAGCAAAUAAACCCUUUGUGUAGA